AUGCCAUCUAACUUUCUCUCUUUUUCUCCUGUAGUGUAUCUUCCCAGUGUUCUAAAAAACCGCACAGCUCAUGCUUGCGAAGGGGAAAUGCUUACUAUUGAGUGUCCCGCCAGAACAUCCGUGGCCGUCCUAUCAGCCUUCUUCGGACGCCGCGUUCCCCAUCGUUAUUUGUGUCCUAAACCGACGACAAAUCUAACCGCCGAGGAAGAUGCAGAUUGUUCUUCCCCUGUCGCUAUCAAGAAAGUGCUGUCGGAGUGUCAGGAUGAGCAGUCCUGUCAAAUCCCUGUCUUUGCCCCUGUUUUUGGGCACGAUCCCUGUCCACUUACCACUAAGUACCUUCUGGUAUACUACAAAUGUAGACCAGUGCACCACCGUACAAGACAAGUGUGUGAGAACGAGCGCUUGAGGCUGGCAUGUAAAAACGACACCGUGCUGGCCAUCUAUUCAGCCACAUUUGGAUACCUGCUGCACGGAAGCGUGCUGUGUCCUCUGGGAGGGGGCUCGCCGUUGGACACGGAGUGUUUGUCAGCGUCCGCUCUGAGGAGGGUGUCACGUCGGUGUCACGGCCGAGCGAAUUGCUCAGUGCUUGCUGACACAAAAACCUUUGGGGACCCGUGUUUCCCUGGUACCAGGAAACAUCUGCGUGUGUCCUACACUUGUGUACCCAGGUAUAUUCUGGAGGAUGUGGGUCGAGGGACAACGGAUCCUUUCAUGAUCUCAGACUACACACAUGGUGGAUGGUACACUGGCCCCACCUACAGGCCUCAAUAUGUCCUACUAACCAACUCUCUGGAGAUAAUAGAAAAAAUGUUGGGAGCACCUGAGCGAGUGGUUCUGUACUUCGUUUCUGGGAUCUGCGCCGGUCUGGUUUUCCUGCUCUGCCUGUUCGGACUGCGUUCCACACUAGUGAAGGAUGUGAAGGAGCUGGUGUCAGAACUGCAAGAUGAGAUGAAAACAUCCAGAAGACAGCACAAGGACCUCACAGAGGAUCUCUUCGACAAUGAUGAACUUUCGGAGGCCUCGUCGUUUUGUCGACUCGCCCAGUCAUACCGCACAUCACUCACAGUGGAGUCGAUGACCCGGGGUAUCGAACACACCGCAGCCCUGCCCGAUGGAGAUAUGUGGCCACAUCCAGACACCAACCCUUACGCCAUUCAUCGCAUUACAAAUUACAAUUAA